AAUAUGUUGUUUUUCAAGGGGCUAUCAAAGCUAUUGUGAAGUUGCUGGAAGAGGCGGGGCGGUACAUGGACGUCCAGAUCGUGCGCCUCUUCAUGGGAGAAAUCGCGAAGAUGAUCCCGAUGAAGAAGGAUUAUGAAGAAGAGCUGAAGUCCAUCACAGACUGUCUGAAGCUGUGUGAGGAGAAGAUGUCCCAGAUAGAGGUGUACGUCUCUCAGGUUACAGCUCUGUGUGACCGCAUUCUGGAGUGUAACGGCCAGGAUGACGCUCUCCAGCGGGAGUUCGACACGGCCACACGGCGUGCGGAGCUGGAGAUGACAAGUUGCCAGGAGCGUCUGAAGAAGGCUGAGAAAGAAAUCAACAACCUGGUAACGAGGGUCAAGGUCAAGAAGAGGAACGAAGGCGCAGGAAUGGCGUGGAUUGGAGGUGGGGCGGUACUGUUGUCUGCAGGUGGCACGGGAUUGCUCUAUUGGUACAAGGCACUGACACAAGGGCGGUCUUCUGCACUAUUCAGUGUCGCCCUUGUUGGUUGUCUCAUGAUGGGUCUGGCAAGUGCCGAGCAGGAGGGUUACAAAAAGCUACUGAAGGAGCUGCAGGGUCUUCAGAGGAAGAAGGAGGACUUGGAGAGCAGUCUGCAUGAGCUGAGCAGGAAGCUGGCGUCGGAGGCCAGCGCGGUGGAAACCUUGAGUAGGGAGCGGGAGAUCAUGUCACCUGAUGAGCUGGACGAUUAAUCACUGCAGGUGUUGUGUUGCAGAACUCAUGGCCAAAUUUCGUAGUCCAUUCAUUUUAUAUAGUGAUAUAGGACCAAACCGAUAGCCAUAGACAUAGCAAAUAUUAUAUAUAUCAGAUUUAUCCGACAGAGUAUCACUACCGUGAUAUGAUACGGCCGUUUUCAACAUAUUACUGAAAAGGAGGUGGAACCUGUUUGUGCUUAGGUCACAUUUCCACCUGGGCUGUUUUAGGGGACGAAAAAUAGAAAUAUAUAACGUUACCUAGAAAUAUACACAAAUCAAAAAUGUCAUUGCCAGCACUUUUAUUUCAAAAAAAUAUCUCUCAAGUUACGUAAUGUACAAACAUAAUAUUCCCAAUAUAAACAAUUAAGCUGCACGUCUCAAUAAACAUGGAAAAGCUACAUGUGUUACACCCACCAUUUUAUGGUGAUAUCUGUCACACAUGGCGCCUUUACACAUGCAUUCUGAA